AUGGCGCCUAGCUCCGGACACGCCCCUCACCCCUCCAAUGGUUCCUCCUCGAGCGACCGACGUUACAGUCCUGCAAACGGGAAGGCCGCCGUAAUAGCAAGCAGGCAUGAUAGGACCCCCAAUACCCCGAGAAAGGAGGCCAGCAGACGCGAGGCAGCUUUACAAGAUCCGGGGUUGAGAGACUACCGGCUAGGAGAAUGUCUAGGCAAGGGAGCAUUCGGUUCCGUAUACAAGGCAAUCCAUUGGGGUACUGGUGAAGCUGUUGCUGUUAAGCAAAUCAAAUUGGUCAAUUUGCCAAAGAGCGAGCUCCGAAUGAUUGAGGCUGAAAUCGACCUUUUGAAAAACUUAAACCAUGACAAUAUUGUCAAGUAUAUUGGGUUUGUCAAAUCCGUGGACUGUCUCAAUAUUAUAUUAGAAUAUUGCGAGAAUGGGUCUUUGCAUUCAAUAUGCAAGGCGUAUGGGAAAUUCCCGGAGAAUCUGGUUGGGGUUUAUAUGACCCAGGUUCUCCAAGGUCUUCAAUAUCUACACGAUCAAGGUGUGAUACAUAGGGAUAUCAAGGGAGCUAACAUCCUGACAACGAAGGAUGGUAAGGUAAAGCUCGCAGAUUUCGGAGUGUCUACCAGCACAGUCGCCGGCCCCGAUAAAGAGGCUCAAGUAGUGGGAACGCCAUACUGGAUGGCCCCUGAGAUAAUUGAGCUAUCCGGUGCCACGCCGGCCUCUGAUAUCUGGAGUUUGGGUUGCACCGUUAUUGAGCUAUUGUCUGGUAAACCUCCGUAUCACCAUCUACAAGCUAUGCCUGCUCUGUUUGCCAUUGUUAACGAUGACCAUCCGCCACUCCCUGAGGGCGUAUCUUCGGCUGCGCGUGAUUUUCUGAUCCAAUGCUUCCAGAAAGAUCCCAAUUUACGUGUUUCCGCAAGGAAAUUACUGAAGCACAAUUGGAUUGUAGGUUGUCGACGGAGUGAUGCGCCUGUAGCCAAAGCCCCAGGAAAUUUCAGCCAAGCCGUCGAAGAAGUCAAGCAGUGGAAUAAAGCCCUCACCUCUUCCGAAACCAAUCUUAGAGUUUCAGCAGGGUCCGAUUCGGCAUUCCCUUUCCACCACGGUCUUCAAACUUCACGAUUUUCAUCCCAAGAACAACCUAGAUCCAAUGUGCCUACUCCAGCAAAGGCACCCUUUGUAUUAAAGCCAAGACCCACUGCCGAGGACUUCCGUUCUCCUGAACUUGCAGAUGAUGAUAACUGGGAUGACGAUUUUGCAACUGCAAUUUCGCCCAGUGCCCUAAAACUCCCUCAUGUUAAACCUCAGGACCACUUCGGCGGUAUGCUUUCGGCUGACCGUCUGAAAGCUUUCGCGUCUAUUGAUAAUUCGCGCGAUUUUUCGACUACCUGGGAGAAUGAUUUUGAUGGGGAUCUUCUAACAACGAUACAUAAGCUACAAUCAGUUCAAGAAGAAGAUCCGCAGGAGAGGACAAUUCGUCCCAAUUGGAAGUUCCCAGAAAAGUUUGAGAAGUUAGCAGAACAAAAACCGCAGCCAUCGAAAUCAUCCCCUCGCAAGCGAACAGGAAGUGGUCAUCAGAGGCAAAAGUCUCAAUCCAAAAGUCAGCUCGGUAACAAAUUCGAACUACCCUCCCGACCCGAUUUAUUAUAUAGAGAACAGACGACAGAGGACUAUUCGGAUAUCUUUGACGACAACGAAAGUGUCUUUAACCAACGAUUGGGUCUAUCUAAGAAGCCUGAUGCUCCCCAAUUAUUUCACCCCUCAGAUCUCACCAGUUUGCCGCGGUCUAUGCAGUCGCCCGUGGCGAGUAGCAUAAGGAGACCAGCUUCAGCACGACCUUCGGCUCUUCCCGACCGACCGUUUCAAAGAUCUAAAUCAUCUAUUGAAAUCCAAAAGUUUGCGGAGGACGAAGAAGAUGAGGACUUCUCUGAUAUAUUUGGCCUUGCUGAAAACUUGACGGAGAAGGAGGAAAGUGACCGAGGUUCCGAGGACGGGAAUCUUAUGGUGUUGUCCCGACUUUCUAACAACUCUUGGUUAGGUGAUGACGAGGACGAGGACGAUCCAUUCGCGUCUAUGGAUCCAGACUGGGAUGAGAUGGACUUGGAAGCCAAUAUUGCGCGUGACCGCCACGCUAGACUUGCAGAGAAGAUUGAAGAACUUGUCCGCUCUCUCAAAACGACUGAGGGCGAGGACAAGUUACUCGAACUUUCAGAGGAUCUGCUGGGAUUACUUUGGGAAAAUACUGAAGUUAAAACCCUAAUUAUCAGUGCCCAUGGAUUACUACCAAUUCUUGAGAUUCUUGACCUAGGUACCAUGAAGAGCAGACAGCAAUUGAUCCUACAACUAUUGCAAGUUGUCAAUACGAUUAUUCUGGAUGACGUAGAACUGCAGGAGAACCUAUGUUUUGUUGGCGGGAUCCCGAUCAUCACUAAGUUUGCAGCUCGGCAAUACUCGAACGAAAUUCGGCUAGAAGCUGCGGCUUUUGUAAGACAGAUGUAUCAAACAUCCACCCUUACACUGCAGAUGUUUGUUAGCGCUGGUGGUCUCAACGUCCUUGUCGAAUUCUUAGAUGAGGAUUAUGAUAGCGCAAGAGACUUGGUGCUUAUUGGUGUGAACGGUGUUUGGAAUGUCUUCGAGCUUCAAGGUCCUACUCCGAAGAACGACUUUUGCCGAAUAUUCUCGAGAAGCAAAAUCCUCGAUCCGCUAGCCCUUGUACUUCACCGCGUUCUUGACGAAGACGUCGAGAACGAAUUGACAGAGCUAAUUGAAGGACGUAUCGUCAACAUAUUCUACUUGUUCUCCCAAGCCGAAAACUUCGUCAAAGAGAUGGUGGCUGACCGGCAAGUCUUGAAGAGUGUCCUGAAGGACCUUCGACGCAUGACACCUGCACAUCAAAUUACGAUGCUUAAGUUCAUUAAGAACUUAUCUAUGCUCUCAACAACCCUUGAUGCUCUUCAUUCUGCGGACGCCAUUGACUUUCUCAUUGAGCUGCUUAGUGGUAGUAUGAAAAGAGGACAUCCCCAUUUCCGCGAGAUCUCUAAUCAAGUGCUCAAUACGAUGUUCAAUCUCUGUCGCUUAAGCAAGGACCGUCAAGAAUACGCUGCUGUAAAUGGCAUAAUCCCCUUAUUAUUAAAAAUUAUGAAAACAGAUCGGCCUCCAAAAGAAUUUGCGUUACCGAUCCUAUGCGACAUGGCCCAUUCGGGAAGCAAGGGGCGGCGAUUCUUAUGGCAAAAUAAAGGCCUCGACUUCUAUGUCUCGCUCAUAUCAGAUCAGUACUGGCAGGUCACGGCAUUAGACGCUAUUUAUGUUUGGUUGCAAGAGGAGACGGCAAAAGUUGAGGGCCAUCUCUUGAAUUGCCAAUUUCCGGAGGCAAUCCUAUCCUGCUUCAAUACCCAGAAGACGAAUGCUUUUGAUCCCAACCUUUUGGAACCCCUAUUGAAGCUCCUCCGGUUAUCACCAUCUUUAGCCGCGUCCUUAGCUAAAUCGGAGAUGUACGCCGGAAUUGAACAGAAACUCGCAGAAGAAGGCCGUCGCGAUUUCACGCGGUGUCAUUCAAAGCGCUACUUUCCUAAGUACUGUAAACGCCCUUUUAAGAUGAGUUCCUUGGCGCUCAAGCGUUGGACACUGUUCCAAACACUCUUGCUUUUAUGCAGUCCUUUUGCUACCGCAGUCAACUAUGGCGAGAACCACGCCCCGGUCGAGAAAGAUGAGGAGCUUGUGGCAGCAAAUUUCCCCAACACUAAUGAGACGCUGUUCUCGCCGGCGUUUGCGGACCUAGGGAGCGUCUUACCGGGGUUUGCUAAUGGUACGGAUGGCCCGACUGAUGAUGCGACACUUGACUUAUUUCUACGCUCAAUAGCAGAGCGUAAUGACUGGGUGAAAUAUAAGGUUGCGGAUUUCACCUCCGAGGAAGGGCGCGCGUUCCCCUACGUGGUUCUCUCAAGUCCGUCCUCGCAAGGUGUCAAAGAACCAAAACUCCGCGUCUGGAUUCAGGGUGGUGUACAUGGGAACGAGCCGGCGGGAGACCAAGCAGUCCUCGCACUACUAGGCAAGCUGGACGCAGAUCACAGCUGGAGGGAACGUCUACUCGAGCGUCUGGAUAUCACGCUACUGCCCCGGUAUAAUCCUGAUGGAGUCGCAUACUUCCAGCGUGCUCUGGCAAGCAACUUAGAUCCCAAUCGCGAGCAUACGAAACUUUUCCGGGAGAUAUCUAGGGGGCAUAAGCGUCUCCUUAGUUCCUUUGCGCCGCACAUCACAGUCGACAUGCACGAGUUCACAGGGACCCGACCCUCCGGCAGCGGCGGGAUAUACAAGCACGGUAUGGACGCGCUGAUCGCCGCGGGCAAGAAUCUCAACACGCACCCCGACAUUCGGAAUAUCUCGGAGGUGCUCUUCUCCGCAGGUAUCGGAAAGCGUCUGGUGCAGAAGGGGUUCCGAUGGGAACCGUAUUUUACAGGAGCGUCUACGGGAGCAGAUAUCGUGCUAGAUGAGGCGGGGAGCGAUGCGAAGAGCGGAAGGAAUAAUUAUGCGCUGGCACAGAGUGUGACGAUUCUAUGUGAAGUGAGGGGGAUUAGGCUUGCGGAUCAGCAUUUUCAGAGGAGGGUUGCUACGGCGCUGAGUAUGGUUGGGGGGAUAUUGGAUAUUGCGGUGGAGAACUUUGAGGAGGUGUAUCAGACGGUCGAGGGUGCCAUAGACAAGUUCAUCAACAGCAAUGAUCCUAUUGUACUAACAGACUACCCCAACCCGACCAACCGCAACAUUACCUUCAUCAACCGCACCGACGGGCAGCUUACUCAAGUCCCUGUCACCUUUCUCAGCACAACACCCACCACCGCCAACCAAACACGCGCCCGCCCCGAAGCAUACCUCAUCCCACGCACAUGGUCCGAACUAGCAUCCCCCUUCGCGACUCCGGAGUCGUCGUCGAGACCCUGA